AUGGCUCCUCCUACCAAGAGAACAAGAGUAGAAAUGGCAGAAUCAUCAAAUAAGAGGAUGAAACCUAGUGAAACGGUUCCUGAAGAUGUGUUGGAACUCAUGAUGUCUACGUAUCUUCCCGUCCAAUCUCUGUUAACAACUCGUGUGUUGUCCAAAAGAUUUCGCGAGACCGAGGUACGUUCUCUUGACCUCGAUUUCAGUGGAAUAUAUUCUAGAAGACGUCGUAAAGUAGAAGUUGUUGGCAUCAUCGAAAAAGUGUUCAAUCAACAUAAAGGAUCAGAGAUUCACCGAUUCGUUCUACUUCUCAAUCAUAUUGGGGUAGAAGAUAAAAUCAUCUCAUGGACCAAUACAUGUUUUGACAAAAACAUCAAGGAGCUUGUCUUAGAUUUUUCAAAAUCUAGAAAAGUUAUGGCCAUCCCCAUUGAUUUCUCGGCUGUGGAGAGUCUACAAGUUUUGAAGCUGCGAUGGUGUAAAUUUGAAAUACCUGAUAGUUCCCCAAAAGGUCUAAAGCUCUUGAAGACACUCUCGCUUAUGCGUACCCAAGUGAUGGUGAAGACUAUCGAUGCAAUCUUCAACAACUGCAUCCACCUAGAGUCGCUUGAACUAAUCGAAUGCCGUAUGGAUGGGAUAUUAAGCAUACGUGCUCAGAAUCAUAAGAAGUUCAAGUCGCUUGUUGUGUCUUUUAUGCCGGAUCUCCGACACAUCCGGUUGGACGCACCCACUUUAGAAAACUACAAGUAUGAUGGAUAUGUCAUUUGUGUUAACAUUCUGAUAACAAAUGCACUUAAAGAGGCAAAUCUCUACUACACUCGGAUUCGGCGUUUAUACCACCAAAAAUCUGAUUUGGUGGAUACACUGCGAUUCUAUACAAGACUUACUGUCCUCGCAACGACAACCAUCUUUCUUGAGGCUCUUACGAAGAGAUACGUCGGAGAAGGAAGACUAGAAAAUCCGCCUUUCAAGUUUGAGAACUUAACAGAAUUCAAGAUUUCCUUUAUAACUCCAACAUUUUGCACUCUAUUUGACAUCGCUGAAUUCCUCAAAGAGUGCCCUAAACUCAAACAGGUUGUGAUCGAUAUUCAGAAUUUCACAUUUGAACCUCAAAUGUAUUUUUGGGAGAUACAUCAUAAGGCGCAGAUUCAGAAUACUUCGAAUAACAACUACCUUUUGAAGUGUCUCACGGACGUGAAGAUCAUUGGCUAUAAAGGCCACUGGCAUGAGCUUGAUAUAGUAGAGUUCUUUGUCAAGAACGCACCAUCUCUAAAGAGGUUGGAGUUACAGAUGCCUAAGAACGCGAAGAACGAUGCUCACACCCCAGAUGUUGCAAGGAUAAAGCUCAUAAAAACCAUCUUUUCAGGGGUUAAAGUUACCGAAGUUUAAACUCAGGUUGUGCCCAGCCCAAGCAUGCCAAACUAUAACUUCAAUUCAUGUGUUUGAAACAUCAAAAGUCAUCUCAGAUUUUAUGUUUUUUUUUUGAGUUUUUAUGAUGUUCUCUUAGUUUUAAAUUCUUUGUCC